UUCAGAGCUGAUCCAGACGGAGCUCCAUCACGUUCGGACGCUGCGGAUCAUGGAUGGUGUGUUCAGGCGGGGUAUGCUGGAGGAGGUGCAGCUGGAGCUGGGGGUUGUGCAUGCACUGUUCCCCUGCCUGGAGCGACUGUUGAUGCUUCACACGCACUUCCUCACACAGCUCCUCGAACGACGCGCUCAAAGCCUGCAACCUGACAGCACAAACAAUUUCACCAUCACUCAGAUCAGCGAUUUGCUAAUACAACAGUUCUCAGGUCAGAGCGCUGACGAGAUGCUGAAGGCGUAUUCUGAGUUCUGCAGUCGUCAUAUGAAGGCCGUCAAACUCUACAAAGAGCUGCUGGCCAGAGACAAGAGACUGCAGCUCUUUAUACGGAGGGUGAGUCGGGGUCCUCUACUGCGUCGUCACGGUUUCCAGGAGUGCAUCCUAUUGGUCACUCAGCGCAUCACGAAAUACCCCGUCCUGUUGCAAUGUAUCUAUGAUAACACCAAAGACAAUCCAGAGGAAGCUGCAGGUCUGUCUCAGGCGCUGUCUUGUAUACGGGAGCUGCUCUGUUCGGUGGACCAGCAGGUGUUGGAGCUUGAAAGGACACAGCGGCUGCAAGAGAUCCGAUCCAGGGUCGACCCGCGGGCCGAGGCCAAACUCCGCUCUGGAGCCCUGUUCAGACCGGCCGAACUGCUCCGCAGGCAGCUGAUACACGAAGGCACGCUGCUCUGGAAAACGCCCAGCUCUCGCCUCAAAGAUGUUCAGGUUAUGCUGAUGACUGAUAGUCUAGUAUUCUUGCAAGAGAAAGAUCAACGGUUCAUCUUUGCCAGUUUGGAUAAAUCUGCUGUGGUCUCACUGCAGAGUCUCUUGGUCCGAGACAUAGCCAAUCAGGAGCGAGGCUUGUUCCUGAUCAGCAGUGAGUCUAGCCCACCUGAAAUGUACGAGCUCUAUGCGGCAUCUAAAGAUGACAGAAACACCUGGAUACGGCUCAUACAGCAAACCAUCAGCAGCUGUCCAUCAAGAGAAGAAUUCCCUCUGAUAGAAACAGAGGACAAGGCCCUUCUGCGAAGACUCAGAGCUGAUAUCCAGCAGAAGGACAGGGAAGUGUUAGAACUGCUUCAGGAGCGGGUCACCCUGUUCUCUGACUUGUCGGAGGUCAUGGGAGGUUAUGAGGUCAUGCUGCCGUCCUGUUCCAGAAACCUGUUCAGAGCCGAGUCUCCGCAGGCGCCUCACGGGGAACAGCUGCUCACACAGGCCAUAACUGAGGUGGACAGAUUGACAGAGCUGUUAUUAGGGUCCAAUUUUGAGGUUCCUCUGCCCUGCAGUUCCAACGGCCAUCACAACCACACUGGAGCGCUAGUAAUCAAUGGACAAGAGGUAUUAGUCAAUGGCUCUCAGGAGAACCAAACUGCUCAGGAUGGUAAUGGGAAUCAAAUGGAGGACAAGACACCAAGUGAGGAGGUGUCACAGAGGCUGGUGAAUCUCAGUGCUCAGUUACACGCUCUGCAGGGUGUGGUGAUACGACAGGACUCCAUCUUAGAGCUCUGCCGACGAGAGAGCUCCGUCUCCCCAGCCACCGCAGGGGUUCGUACGGUGCGCUCCCUGUCCCGGGAUGGAGCAAGUGACGUUGGCUCUCUGGGAGAGCUGGCCCUGCUUCAACGGCAGCACAGUCUGCUGCAGGAGGAGCUGGGACGCCUCAGGGGAGCCGAGGGCAAACUCAGGGACAGCGAGAGAGCCAGAGCCCAGCUGGAGAAACAGCUCAAGGAUCUUAAGACCACUAGCGCCGCUCUAGGGGAUGGAGCUGGAAGUGCAGGCUCACAGGCCCCAUCAACUCGCAGAGAGAGCGAUGCCGACCCUAAUACUGACACCCCAUUGGCUAGCCAGGAAUCAAUGGACCAAUCAGAUGGCCUGCAGGAAUGCAGUGAUGUGGAAGUGGAUGUGAUAUCUGAUGACGAUGAGGACGACGAGGUGGAUUCGAGGGUGUCUCCCCGUUCAGAAAGUCCCAGAGAUCUGCAGGACAUUCCUGAAGAGAGUGAAUCCGCUACAGACCCUCGGGACCGUGAGGCCUCACACUGCUAAUGUUUUUUCAAUUCUCAACCCAAGACUGGCCUGUUGUCUGAUGGAACAGACUAUAGACUCCAUGAGCAGGUCUUCCUCUGAACAGGGAAGGGUCUUCAGUAGUUUAUGAAUAUUCAUUUCAUUAUAUACAUACAGUAUUUAGUUGUAUCCAGUAAUUUUGCUUACAGCUUCUGUGUGGCCGUUUGUGACAUGUUAAUAUUCAACGUCUUCUCCUUGGAAUCCAAUCAUAUGGCUUUUGACAUCCGCGGACCACGGAUGCCAAAGCAUCGUGAUGGAGAUGGAGUCAGGCAGAUAAUGGGACUUUGCACUUGAUAGCAGCAUGAAACAGUCUUGGGAUUCUUUAAGAAUCUUAAGAUCAACCAAAUCAACCAAACAUAACUGAUCCAGCUCAAGGGUACCGGUAGAAAGCAGUCAUGUACUGUAUGUGAAAACUCAUCACAAUGCUUUGUACCAAUUCUACACAUGCUGGAGCACGCAAAACCAGAAUAGAGCUUCUGUUUUGUUUUUUUUUGUCUGUGAGAGGUCAUUGUAAAAAAAAUGUCUCUUUCUUGUGCUUUAUUUUAAAUGUAUUUAUUUUCCUUUAUUUUAAAUGGAAAGUUAAAUUGUCUUUCGAGCACGUCGAAGCAGUUAGAAAGAAGCCAUAACUUGAAAUAUACCAACAUAAUAGACUGGGACCAAAACUACUGGCUAUAGAACAGAAAAAAACUAUUUUCAGAGACUUGAGGGAUUUUUUAUGAAGGAAUUAUAUUGCAGUUAAAGCAAUAUAUAGAAAUAUAUUUACAUCUAUAGCAGAGAACUUAAUAAACCCAGGAAGGUUAUUAUGAUUGAGUAUUAUGAUAUUAUAAAUGGUUCCUCAGCCCACAGUGUGUGUUAACGGGGAAUACUUUGUAAAUAUAAGAUUUAUUGACUAAAAUAGAUCAGAUCACCAAAAUCUGCCAGUAACACCGACAACAUUUGAUGUGUCUUACUACAGUUCUGCUUAUGUUUCAAUUUUGCUUAAGAAUGUUUUUUGCAAUUACUUGACUGUGUGCCAAAAUUCGCUUGGCUGAAUAAUGCUGAGAUGUAUUAUGCUUUUAUUUUAGUCCAACAUUUCAGGAAGCAAUGUCUUAGAAAUUAUUGUAAGAUGAUGUUCUUCAUGUUUUGAAGUAACUAUAAGAAACAUAGGAUUUACCGAAGUCACACAUCAAAAUGUUUGUAUGGAAAAUAAAUGAGAGAAACAUUGUUGAAGUGUUCAUACAGUGUUUCAGAUAUACUGAAGUGGAUAUAGAAUACUGUUGAAGAAUUAAAAGCGUUGAUAUACAA